CAUAACUGACAUUAGUGUUGAACGUGGACAGGAGCAAACAGGCAGUGCUGUGAAAGCCACAGGAGGAAGAGGAUCUUUCCUGUAGCAUCAUUCUUCUGACCACAGAUACAUAUGGGAAACAACAGCAGCUCCACAGUGGAUGAUCUACAGGCUGUCGAGAUCCACCACUGGUACAAGAAAUUCAUGACAGAGUGUCCUUCUGGACAGCUGACGGAGCAUGAAUUUAAGCAGUUCUUUGGGCUUCGAGGGCUGGAUCCGGAGGCCAAUAAGUACAUUGAGCAGAUGUUCCGCACGUUUGAUAUGAACAAGGAUGGGUAUAUUGACUUCAUGGAAUAUGUGGCUGCCCUCAGCCUCGUUCUACGAGGGAAGAUGGAGCAGAAAUUGCGGUGGUAUUUCAAGCUCUAUGAUGUAGAUGGCAAUGGCUGCAUUGACCGACAUGAACUGCUCAACAUCAUUAAGGCUAUUCGAGCUAUUAAUGGUGGCGACCAUGAAACUAGUGCAGAAGAGUUCACCAGCCGAGUCUUUGACAGGAUUGAUGUAAACGGCGACGGUGAACUUUCUCUGGAUGAAUUUGUGGAGGGAGCAAGGAAAGAUGAGGAGUUCAUGGAGGUUAUGAUAAAAAGUUUGGACCUGUCACACAUUGUGGCCAUGAUAAACAACCGUCGGCAUAGUGUAUAAAUCAAGCUGGGAAGAAACGCUUUGCCAAUAGACAGAAGGAUGUAGAAACACAAGGAAGGAAUGACAGCAUGUUUUUUAAAAAAAACAAAAUUUCCAUAAACAUGAAUAUGGAAGUAGGAACAGAAAGACACUGCUGUAUUUGUGUAUCUGAGUGCAUGUUCCUGUACAAAUACUCAAGCUUAGCCACAUAAAUGCAGGGCAGGUUCAGAAAAACUGGAUCUGGAUGGCAGUAUUUGACUUCUCUUUCUAAAAUUUAAAGGCCAAAUUUCAGGGAACAAAUUUCCCUUUUAUUCUGUGUCUCAGAUUGUCACUUUGAAAUGGACUAAAAAUAACACCAAGUUUGUACAGAGCACUAGCAGAACUGGGUGGUGGAGUGCAUAGGAAAUAUUCUGACAUACAGAAGAAGAGUUUCAAACUGUUAUUAGUGUAGAGAACUAUCAAAAGAAUGUAACUUGCACUGUUCUUGUCAUGGUAUUGGUUCAUAAGCACCAGCAUGGUUGUCCAUACCAGAUGUGCUUGGACUUGGUAGUCUCUACAGAAGCAGCUUUAGUCAUAAGGUCACAAGAACUGAAAGAAAAACCAGUCUGAUAGUGACAAAUCUGUCUCCAGCUGCAGCUGUUCAAGCUUUCUGUGAUCAAAGAACUCUAGCAAACAAGUCAACAGUUUGGAGCAGCUUCUGUAACCAGAGAAAAUACGCUACUCUGUUUCCCAAAGCAGAAGAAUCACUUGAGAGAUCAAAUCUUUUAUAUACUCAUUGUCCUACUUAUUCUCCUCUCAUACAACUGAGUCUCUGGGAAUGUUCAAGGCCACAUUGAACAAGGCUUGGAGUAACCUGAUCUAGCCCCAUGGCAUGGGGCUGUAACAAGAUGAUCUUUGAGGUCCCUUCCUACGCAAACCAUUCUGUGACUCUAUGAUAAAUGAAAUAUUUGAAGAUGAUCCUAAUAUUAUUGCCCUCACACAUCCUUUAUUGGUCUUUCUUUUUGUUCUUGAGGAGACAAUCUAAUCAAAAGAAACAACUCACCAAGGUGACUUGUGAAUUGUGCUGUUCAUGUGAAUGCUGGAGUGAAGCUGAUACUCUAGAGAGUGCUGCUGUAAAUGACUCUGAUUUUGUACACGAUGGGAAGAGUGAUGCAGCAUGGAGAGAAACCCAGCAAACUGUGUCUUGUUCACUGUUCAUUAGAUAAGGUCAUGAUCAGAAGCUCUUUUGAAUCUGGGGAGAGAACCAGAAGGAAAGACGAAUGCAGGAAAAGUUCAACAGAGUGCCUAUGCAUAGUUGGCAUGUUUUUCCUGUGCAGGAGGAAGAACUUGCAGACCUGCAACAAAACUUUAUAUUGGACUUAUUCUUGCUUAUAUUUAGGUUUCCGUGAAGUUGAUAUGUGUAUUGGUUUGCAUGGCAAGGUUUUGGUAGCAGGGAGGCUACAGGAGUGGCUUCUUUGAGAAGCUGCUGGAAGCUUCCCCCAUGUCUGGCAGACGCAAUGCCAGCCGGCUCCGAGACCUUCAGCCAUGGCAGUUAUCCUCCGGGAUAUAACGUUAUACGUUAUCCUCUGGGAUAACGUAUUUAAGAAGGCAAAGUUAUUGGGCAGAACCAAUUGCAGUCAGGGAAGUGAGGAGUGAGAAUAUGUGAGAGAAACAGCUCUACAGACACCAAAGUCAGCUAAGAAGGAGGGAGAGGAUGUGUUUCAGGUACUGGAGCUGAGAUUUCCCUGCAGCCCAUGAUGCAGCCCAUAGCGAAGCAGGUUGUCCUCCUGGAGCGCAUGGAGGUCCACAGAGGGAAGCAGAAGUCCACCUGCAGCCUGUAGAAGAGCCCCAUGUUGGAGCAGGUCCUGGAAGGACCUGUGGGCCUGUGGAGAGAAGAGCAGGUUUCCUGGUAGGACUUGUGACCCCAUAGGGGACCCACUUUAGAGCUGUUCGUGAAGGACUGACCUCAUGGAAGGACCCAUGCUGGAGCAGUUCCUGAAGGACUGACCCCAGGGAAGGCACCUCAUAGAGGAGCAGCUCAUGAAGAACCACAGCCCAUGAGAAGGACUCAUAUUGGAGAAGUUCAUGGAGAACUAUCUCCUGUAGGAAGGACCUCAUGCUGCAGCAGUGCAAGGACUCCUCUUCCUGAGGGGCAAGCAGUGGCAUGAACUGACCGUAAGCUUUGUUCUCAUCUACCUGCACUGCUGGUGGGGAGGACGGAGAGAAUCGUGAAUAAAGUCAAUGCUGGGAAGGAGAAAGGAA